UUUGGAAACAUGUCAACGUUCUUCUAAUAAGGAUUUUUCACGAUCCUCUUUCCUCUGUUUUGACUCUUUUCCAAUAAAUAAAAAUCUACGACAGCAGCAGAUAGUAGAUGCACAUUAACCCUAAUUAACGGAGAGGGUGGUGCAGGGCAGGGGUUUAUGAAAUUACUGACUCCUCGUGUCGUGCGGUUUAAUCUGAGAGAGUCAGGCGCUAAUGGCAGAGCAGGAGGAACACCAGGACCUUCUGUCCCAGCUUCAAUUUCUUCAAACUAAACUCAAGGAACUAGAGACUGAGAAUGCCAAGUUAUCAUCCCUGCUUUCAAACUGCACCUGUCAUAAGCUGGAGCAAAAUGCUGAUUCCAAUGGUCAGGAGAGGAUUGACCUAGUUAAUGAAACGAAAAGAGUAUCAUUAGGAAGCGGUGUCAAGAUAAAAAAGAAGAAUUCAAAGCACGGCGAUGGAGGUUCUUGUACACAAGCUGUAUUUCAGUUUUCCAGAAGAUACAUUGCUCUAAAAGUAAUGUAUUUUGGUCAGAGGUUCUAUGGUUUUGGAUCGGAGGCUCAGAUGGACCCAACUGUGGAGUCUGAAUUAUUUAAAGCCCUUUUGGAAACAAGGCUUGUCUUUGGUGACAAGAAGAGUUGGCAGUACUCGAGAUGUGGUAGAACAGACAAAGGGGUUUCAUCAAUUGGACAAGUGGUGGCUUUAUAUUUAAGAUCACGCUACAAGGUGAAAGGAGGAAGCACUGAGCAGUUUGUCACGGAAGACCUAUGUGAAGGAGAACUAAAUUAUGUCCACAUGUUGAACAAAGUACUUCCCAAAGAUAUUCGAGUUAUGGGCUGGUGUCCUGUUCCGGUUGAUUUUAGCGCAAGGUUUAGUUGUCGGAGUAGAGAGUACAAGUACUUCUUCUGGAAAGCCAAUCUGAACACAGUGGCCAUGGAUUCUGCCAGCAAAAAACUUGUUGGGGAACAUGAUUUUAGAAAUUUUUGUAAGAUGGAUGCAGCUAAUGUGCAUAACUUUAGGAGGCAUAUUACAUUGUUUGAAAUCUGCCCUUUUGGCGAAAGAUUCCAGGAUGAUGAGCUGUGGUCGAUUAGAAUCAAAGGUAGUGCUUUCUUAUGGCAUCAGGUCCGCUGCAUGGUUGCUGUACUAUUUAUGAUAGGAGAGGGUCUUGAAUCCCCUGAUGUAUUAGAUGUCUUACUUGAUGUUGACAAGAUAUCAAGAAAACCUCAGUACAAUAUGGCUCCAGAGAUGCCAUUGGUUCUUCAAACCUGUGAGUUUGAAGGUCUCAAAUUCAAGUGCACCAGAGAUGACAGACAGGCUUUGCAGCUGCACUUUCAAAAGGAAUGCCGGAGUCACAAACUCCAAGCUGCUAUUUUUCAUGAGGCUCUGCGUAGCUGUUCACUUGCUGAAAUUGAUGACAGCAGAUCGAGUUCUCCAGUGAAAAAGAAGGCGGUUAUACAUAUUCCGCUUUUGUCGCGACCAACUGAACCAUCAUAUGAGGAGAGGCGUUCUUCUAAAUUACAGAGAGCACAACAAGAGAAGGUUGAUGAAUUGGUUAGGGAAUAGCAUACUAUUCCAGAUGUGAACAGUCAACUGUUGCUUGAUUUUGCGGGGAUUUUAGUGAAGGCCUCUUGCUUCCUGGUUCUGUCUAGACAUCCUCAAAGUUUUGUCAGUUUAGAGCAUUCACAAUCAAUCCCUCAAACCCAACCCCAUCCCUAUAUUUUAAAGAAAUUUGUUAAUUUUGGUGGAAAUGCAUUCCACAUCAGGAACCCAAAAUAGGGUUUAGUUUUGGGGACUCAAACUAAAUCCUCAUAUUUGGGGUUUCACUAUUCAUCCCUCAUACACUAUUCAUCAUACAUUUCAUUAUUAUUUUAUUAGAUAUUCAUGUUUUGUGUUAUAAAUUUUUUUAA